AUGACCGAAUUCACCGCCGCCGAUUCUUUUUUCGACUUCGACGCGGCCACUGACAAUGACCUGGCAAACGAGGUUGGGGUCGAAAAGCCCAAAGCUCCUUGCAGCUUCUUCAGAUACCCUACAGACUUGCAUGAUCAACGUCCACAGCCGCGCAGCGCCAUGAGCUUUCAACCCACCCAGCAGGUAGGUCAAAGAGCGGCGAUCCCUGAUUCAAGCCCAACUUUAGCCCCUCUUCUCAGUCCAGAGAUGCAGCAACAGUGGCCUGCUCUCUCUCCUAGGAGCCAGUACACGGACACUGGCCUCUUCACUUGUGGAGAAUCUACGCCUCCGAACCAACCGAUCUUGCACUACCCGCAACAGCAACAGCAGCAUGAGGCUAGACCUCAACCAAACGUCCAGCAACAAGAGCCUGCUUCCGCUCCCGCGAGCCAAAGCAUGGAACCUAUCCGCAACACCUACGAGCAACCUCCAGCUCGUUGCAUAUUGCAUACCAGGAUGUACCAACAAGACUUUGGUCCCUCUUCCAUGGACCCUAACUUGAAACCUCGCCCAUACACCCACCAGCGACCUUCGGCUUCUUCCUCCCCAAUCACCCAACACCAGCAUGCUCCUUUCCCCCUAAACGUCGAGCCCCAAAAGCUCCGACCCAACCAUCUCCUCCAACGGCCAACUCCCCUCCUUCAAAGCCGCCAGCGCCUCCCAGCCGGCCCUUCAAAGGAGUCCCCCCCCAAAACUCCUCCUGCCCCUCCACCAAUCCAACCGCACCAGCAAACCGCCAACCACACCUUCCCACCCACGCCGGAACGACAGCAAGACCCCCCCACCCUCUCCACCCAGCAACAAGCGCCAUCUCCCAUCCCCACUCCCCCCACUCCCCCCACCGCCACCAAGCCACCCAUCAAAGGCAGCAAACCGUCCACCGGCAUCACCAAACGCCCCGCCAAAACCGCGUCCAAACCCCGCGGCCGCCCACCCAAAGAAGCCCCCUCGACCGGCUGGGUCAACGCGACCGUGGCGCCGGAGGAGCAUUUCAACACCACCAUGUACGGCCGCAACAGCCUCCGCGGCGUCGGGUCCGAAGCGCGGUUGGCGGAGCCGUGGAACCGGCCUUCGGUCAAGUGCAAGGGCAGGGCUAAAGGAGAGGAAGAAGAAGGAGGAGGAGAAAGCCGGUCGGGUGAGAAGGAGGGAGUUGUGAUCGGGAAGCCGACGGAGCAGCUGUCUUUGGAAGGGCGGGCGGCUAGGGAAGGCCAAGGGUCGGACGAAGGGGAGGUGAAUGAAGAUGUGAGUGCGGAAGAGCCGGCUGGUGAGAGGGCGGCGGAGCCAGUACAGGAAGCGGAAAUGAUGGAAUUCGAUGAGGACAUGUUCAAUUUGGACAUUGGAAACCUGGACGACAUGGAUGCCUUCCUAGCUUCGCUGGAGGGUGGAUCAUUUUAG